CAUAAUGUAAUAUACAAGGCUUACCAGAGUAAAAAGAUAGCAGAACUGACUUGUCUAAACAAACGUUCGACGGCGUGCAAUGCUGCGUAGUAGACCAAGUCAAAGUACCGCGAGAGCGCUCUGACAGCAGCGCUUUAGAAACGCUCUCGCGAUACUUUGAUAUCACAUCUUUUGCCUGCAUACUUUAGCUGGUCUGGUUAAUGCCUAUGCCAAAAACAAAUAUAGGUUAAAUUUACUAAGGAAACACGUUUUAUAGUUCGUUAUUUACUAUUUAAUAGUACAGAGAAAGUAUUAAACGUUGUUUACUUUGUCAGCUGUUGCGUCAGACGUCAGCAUGAAAAAGACGACUGCCAUCGACUUGGAUAAAAUUAUCAAAGACUUCAUGCAACUAGAGCAUAAAAUAACUGAGAUGAAAGGGGGAAACGCUACUCUCGAAAUACAACUGGACGAGACUAGAAGACUUUUAAAACUCGCACAGAACAAGGAGAAACAGUUAACUGAAGAGAAAGAUGGACUUUUGGAAACUGUCAAAGAUCUGCAAAAAACUAUUCAACAACAGUGUGACCUCAGAGUUGAAAAUGAGAGGCUUAAAGAUGCAGCUCUUCAGAUGAAGAAAGAAAAUGAGGCCCAGUUUGAGGUAAGAUGCAUGCUUGUGUUUCAAUUCAAUGUACUGCUACAAUUAACGAUUACAAUGAACGUGUUGUGCGUGUUUGUGCUCGAUUCCGCCCCCUCGUGGUUGAAGGAAAGCAAGGCUCAGCUUCAGAUGCUUACAGCUGAGACGAGAGCUUUAAAACAUCAACACCAGAGGGAGUUAGACGACUUUGCUAAAGAAACACAACGAAAACUGGAAUUGAAAGAUACUGAAAUAAAAUUGGCUCUGGAGAAAAAUGAAUGUGCCUUGGAAGAGAUGAGAAAGCAGAUGAGGGAGAAGGAGAAAGAAAAACAAAGUCAAAUCAUUAAACUUCAAAUGGAGUUUGGGGCUAAGCUUGCAAGAGCCCAGAGCAUGUCAGUAAAGAGUCAGACACAUAGACAAGCAUCCUGCCCUCUCCCACAGAACAUCUUUAAAAGAAAGCUCCAGUUCAUUCAGGAGGAGAAAAACAAAGAGAUUGAGGCCCUGCAUCAGAGGGUGCGAGAACUGGAACAGCAGAGCCUACAUGGGUUGAUUGACUCUCGUCUGAAGAAGAGAAAAAUCUAAUGGGAUUUACUUGACU